GCAUCAAAAGGGGCGGGAAGUUUGGUAUUGGAGAUUUCUCGGCGGAUCCAGUAGCAGAUUAAUAAACACAAUUGAUCAUUGAGUUCAGCGACCUACACGAAUUCAUUUUACUCAGAGUUAACGUAUUGUGAAGAAGGGAAAUGCUCGAUAUAUGGCUGAGGGAAAACUGUACAAGUUAUGUAGGUUGAUGAUCGUCUGAACAUGAGCCAUCAAUCAGCAUUGGAGUAGCUAACGUUACCUACGUAGAACGUUGCUUUGCAUCACCAUGUAGGUUCACAUGCUGGUGGCCUGGAACGUUGCAGGCGUUUCUGAAGACAUCUCGAGCCAGCUAAACGAAAGGACACCAGGAUGAGCAAACAAGAGAAGAUGGAAUUGGACCUCGUAAUCCCAUCAGCACUAGUUCAGAGCGACGGACACCUGAGACGAUCCAACAGCGCCCCAAUGAUUAAUGGCCUAAGUGACAAUUCCCAGGUUUUCCACAGAGAGAUUCUACGCAGCAGGCGAAACAGCACCACUGUUGUCAACCGCCCUAAUAUGGUCCCUUCAUCGCCCAUUCGUGUCCCCAGCACAAGGCUUCAUCAGAUCAAGCGGGAGGAAGGUGUGGAUGUGAUGAACAGAGAGACAGCCCAUGAACGGGAGGUUCAAGCAGCCAUGCAGAUGAGUCAGUCCUGGGAGGAGAGUCUGAGUCUGGUGAGAAAUGAUGAUGCUCCCAUGAGUGACAAUGACUUUGAGAAAUCUGCUUCGUCGUCCCCAAAGCGCAUCGACUUUGUGCCUGUGUCCCCAGCACCAUCCCCUACAAGAGGGAUAGGGAAGAAGCAGUGCUUCUCCCCUUCAUUGCAAAUUCUGGUGAGCAGCAAUGGCCUAUCCCCCAGCCCUAUACCUAGCCCAACGCGACGCUUCAGCCGGCGGAGCCAAAGCCCCAUUAACUGCAUCAGGCCCAGCAUCCUGGGGCCCAUCAAACGUAAAGAACAGCGCAAACUGGCGCUAACCAGAAUAGAAACGGUGGGAGGCACCGGUGCACAACUGAGCAAGAGGACAAGUACAUGCCAACCCAGGACCUCCGUAUCCGGCUUGUUCACCUGUGGGAUCACCAAAUUGGGGGAGAUGAUGGAGAUGGAGAGCCAGCCAAAGAGGCUCUUUCAUGGGACCACCACCAUGUUGUCCUCUGAUUUGCCUACUCCCCAACAACUGACAGACUUCAACUCCUGUCUCUGUCCACCAGACGUGCUAGACGGCAGCCUCAGCAGCGUGGGUUCUUCCACUGGCUCGCCAGCCAAGAUGGAGGGAGUCUCAGAGUGUCCUUCCUCCAGCAACUCUCCCUUCACCCCCCUCCACGACCACUCCCCAAAAUAAACAAGGGAACAUGAGUCUCUAAACAAGGGUGAAGAUGAGGCACAAAAGCCACCUUGGCUGUAUGAGUUUCCUUUAGACUCACCCUUUUCACUUUUCUUUAGUUAAUGUGGGAUUCCCUUCCCCUGCUGGUUGCUUUCGCAAGGCUGUUUGCUAGGGGAGGAGAGGUGUGUGUGUGUGUGUGUGUGUGUGUGUGUGUGUGUGUGUUUGCGUUGAAAGGAAACCAAAGCCUUGGAUGUGUGCUGUGUGGAUGCACCAUGCUGUAGUAGGCCCUAGUAGGAGUAGGGGUUGAUUGUGGAUGCUAUGUAUACCAGCUGCUAGAUAUAGAUCCUUUACAUGGUGCUGCUUAGCACCACAGUGGUCAGAACCACCAUGUCGUUUACCCUGCAUCACAUGACCAUGUCAGCCGCAGUAUUGGAUGGAAAAUUACUGCCUGGAUAUGGAGAAAGACCCCCACUAAGUUUGUUUUCUGAAAAAAAUCUCCAGGCCUUUUGUAUGUGCACGAAAUUGUCUGCAGACAUUGUAUGAAUGAAAGGAUUAAACUCGUUUUUCCUGCUUUACAUAAUUUUGUAAGUAUGUACAUAAUUGUCAAUUUAUUAUUAUUAUUAUUAUUAUUAUAGGUUUGUGAUUGGCCCUGUGCCCGUAUUAACCGCACAGCUUCAACAGUGAACGGACAAUUCCCUCUAAACAGCGGAUUAGAAAUUCUGUUUCCUUACUCUUCCAGGGGUGUGAAUAUGUUCGUUCUCUACUCGUCCUUGUACUGUAAGAGAAGAAAAUGGUUAUCCUCAGUAGUACUUAGAUGUAGGGGAUCAAGGAACUGUCAUUCUGGUUGAUGCUCUACCUUUUGUUAGCCCUUAAUCUAGUCCUUCACUGGCAUGCUGCAACUAUAGUUGCCAGUGAGUUGGGUAGUGUCACGUCCACCCAUCAUCCCUGCAGAUUGUACUAGGGGAACAGCACGAGAGGGGGCUGUCAGGAUUCGAACACGGGAGACUCCGAUCUCUGAAUCCUGUGUCUUUGCCUAGACAUUGCCAUAGACGUGCAGCCAAGUUUUCACUUCAGAACCUUUUUUAUGAAAUAACUUGUUUUCUUGUUUGUUGGAGCCAUUUUUUUUGCCUACAUAAUUGCAUCGGUUGAUACUAAAUAUUAGAGUAGUGCACCCUGUUCUCCUUUUUACCCUGAAAUUAAAUCAAUUAGAAUGGUUUAGGACAAACACUGUAGUGCAUGGAACAAAAUCAUGCCAUUAUAUAAAAAAAGGGACAUAUGUUGUGUCCAUAUACUGUGGUCAACAUUUGGCAUAGCUUUUAGUGCAAGAUGUUUCACUGGAUGUGUUGUUUAUGAAUAAAAUGCGCAAUGAACAUUCGUAAGCAAUACCAAAGAUUGACCAGGGCAAAUUGUAAAGGCAGACUUAGUUUUUCUCUGAAAAUCCAGUUGUACACUGAUUCACAAAUGUGAUUUUAGACCAUUGUAAAACAUUUGGGGGCUAGUCAUUUCAGUUAAUCCUGUUCGAAUAGUCUCUUAAAUUGAUUUCUUAGUUAUUUUUCCUGUUUUAUUUCAAGGUGUGCCAUCUUACGAAGGGAGUGUGAAACUCCACUUUGUCAUAUAUAAGUAAGCAAGAGUGAUUGUAAAUCCUUUUUAUGGAAGUAAGUCUAUUUUUUUUCUGAAAUUAUUAAGUUUUGAAUACAAAAAUGGCAAGCCAGUCAUUCAGGUCUGCUUGCCCUGCUGUCAAUAUGAUUGGUGUGAUUUAUUUUGGUCCAUGAUGUUUUAUUUUGUCCUGUUCAUUUUUCAAUGUCUGCAAUAUGUCUAAGGCAUGAGAUGGGCAGAGUAAAUCAAAGUGUUUAUGUUCGUGAUGGGGGGGUGGUAGACUAGUUAGACCAACCCUUUGCUUGUGUCCCUUGCUGGACUGAAACACUUCCCCUGUGAUCCUUUCAUAUCAAAGACAUCUAAACAGGAAAGGGUAAAUUAGACAAACGUAUAUUUCCAUUCAAUGACUGGUGUUCUGCUUUGUUGUUGAUAGACUUAAAUGUUUUAUAUCUAUAUAUAUUUCCCCCUCUUAAUAAACCAUUGGAUUGACAAUU